AAAUGCAGUCUGAAAUGGAGGCCGGCAAAGCAAUAGUUCACAGCGAAUUAUGAUGAGAGAUGGAUGAGAAGAUACUUGCGAACGACAUGGUGGACGUGAUGGUUGAAGCCCCAACAUCACCUGGACCAAUCUCUUCCCAGCCAGAUGUAAGGACGGCCCAUAUAUUUUCUCUCUCUUCGACCACGAAACGACAGUGCCCAGGAGCCAUGUCUACUACGCUCAUUGAAAUCGAAACUGUAACGCUCUCAGAUCGUUUAGAAAAGCCCGCUACUACGCCGACACUACGGAGGCACAGGGCAGGCACGAAGGGCAAGAUUCAAACGGAGGAGCUGCUGGCUGCACAGCUAAGUCCUCUUGCAUCGCUUCAUCACGCGAGCUACUACAGCCGUACGAGAUUUGGGCCUGCUGGAUGUUCAGCGACAUAUGUUCCUCUAUCAAUUCACAUGCCCGACCAUGUUAAGGAGCUGCAGGCGCAACAAGCUAUUCAGGCGGCCCAGCAAGCAUGGUGGCAUUGCCGAUGCUCUCAGACCACUUCAGAUGGUUCAAAAAGGACUAUAUGCUCCUCCCGUGGAAAUCCUCUUCUGAGCCCCUCUACGUCUUGUGUUAAUAUCCAAGAUGAGUUGCUUGAGGCGAUCGCGUCCCCUCUCUCUUUGGACCCUGUUGAGGGCCCUAUUUCGGCACCCCCAAGUCCAAGCAUGUCGAAGAUAUGGAAGACCUCCGACAGCCAUCCUAUCAACCUUUCCGUGAUGAUACCACCGGAGCUUCUUCAAGUGAUAUCCGCACAUCUGAUCCAGAACGAGAACACGCUUCCAAUCAUGUUCGACCUGUCUCCUUCUAAACACCUUCAUCUCCUACUCGACCGACCUCGCGACAGCUUGAACCAGAGAGACAUUCCUAGCGCUCAUGUGCGCUCGAUCACCCUGGCUUCAUCUCGUAGCUCAAAUACAUCUCGGUCUUCGGACCUAGUGAGUGUACUGUGGAAACAAACAUUCGCCCGAAAGAAGUCGAAAUCUGAACUCUCUUUAAACACCGUACCAAAACAAGCCAAAGUGCGUUCAGAUCCGGUUCUUGGCACAGCCAGACGUCCCAGCUUCGACAUCAGACCUAUCCGAAGACGACUUUGCCGCAGCUCGUCACAGUCAAAGCACGAUACCAAUACUGCGGUGGCGAGGAAGACGCCUGAAUCGAUCGUGAUCGGGAACCUCUUUCUAUCUUCUUGUCCCGGUAAGAAAGUACGUCUGGAUGGGCCGGUGAAUGGUCGUAGUGCGGUUCGUCGAGAUUUAGCUCAGGAUCUCAUGAGGAUGCGAGGCGCUGGCGUUCGCUGUGUCGUUUGUUGUUUGGAUGAUGCCGAGCUUGAAUUCCUCGGAGCUCCUUGGCCAGAGUAUUGCCGGAUUGCAAAUGAGAUUGGGCUGGAUAUCCUACGACUACCCGUUCCGGAGGGUCUCGCACCGCUCGAUCCCUCAACUUUCGAUGCCCAUCUAACCCGUCUAAUUACUACCUACACUCUCAAUGGACAUCACACUCUAGUCCAUUGUCGCGGAGGCGUUGGCCGUGCGGGAUUAAUCGCCUGUUGCUGGAUACUCAAAUUAGGGCUCUGCGGCUGGGUCGACACAGAUCCAUGCAGUAAUGCAUAUGUCGACGAGCCGGAAUUAGGGCUCAGGAGGGAUACUUUAUUGUUGGUGGAAAGAGCAUUGUCGGUGGUAAGGCGACGACGAAGUCCGAAAGCUGUCGAGACGUACGAGCAGGUUAAGUUUAUGGUGGACUAUGUUGAAUUUCUGAGGAAGGGAGGGAAUGGGGGUGGAAGUGCGAGCAUAAAUGGGGGUUCCUUGGACGGCGAGCUGGACGUUAAGCUUGGUGCUUCAAUGCUGGAGAAUUCAAGGCCGGCAUGGAAUCUGAAGGUGGAAUAAAGGCGUCUAUGCAGGACACAUCGCUAUCGACAUUUAUAUCUUUUUCUUGGUUAUUUCUUUUCUUCUCUGGAGAUCAAUGGGGACUAACCUUAUUGUCAGUUAUUGACACUGUACAUAGGUUUUAAAAAGCUCAAGGGGUAAAGCGAUCUAACAAUGACACUCAUUACAAUACUUGAACCAAAUUAAGAGAGCAUGAAUAACGUGUAUAAUUGAAAGCGAGAGCUUUGUAACCGAUACGGCACAGGACAAUACAGAGAGGCUACACUA